CACCGUUUUACUUGCACACUGUCCUGUUUCAGAGAGUACUGUCAGCAACAGAUUCUCUCUCUAAAACUUCUGUGAAUCUCUCUCUCUCUCUCUCUGUCACUCUAUAUGCUCUGUAAAAAUACUCGGUCCAUUCGCUUUCUAUGCAAAUCCUCUCUCUCUCUCUCUCUCUCUCUCUUGCUCUCUCUCUGUAUAUAUAUAUAUCGGUGACAACCAUCUUCUAUCGUUUUGGAGAAAGAGGCUAACCGUGAAGUUCAUGUGAAAGUGUAUUCAGAGAGAGAGAGAGUGAGAGAGAGAGAUCUGAUCUGAGAUUUAAUGAUUGAAACGGGUGGCUUGCCUCUGAUUCAGGUGAACCGAGUGUUCUGUGAUCUCUUUUUGCCUCUGUUUCACGUUUUCUCUCUCGCUUUUCGACCUUUUUCACUUGUUUAUCACGUUUUAAAUACCCACCAUUUCAUUGCCAUUUUGUGAAAAAACAAAUUGAUCUUCUUCUUAGGUCUACAAAAACCCAAAAAAAAAAAAAAAAAAAAAACCAAAUUACAGAGCUGUGAUUGGUUCAGGGGUCUCUCUUGUAUCCUGUGAUUUCUGCUUAUUCCAUCACAAGUUCCGGUGUACUAGUUGGUGAUUCUGCUUUCUGUGAAGUAGGCUUUAAUUUAAAAGCUUCAACUUGUUGGUGUAUAUGUACUUUAUUAUGCUGUUACUUGGGGACUUUGUUUUUGAGCCACAAAUGAUUUGGCUUAAAGGGUUUGCACUUGCGGGGUUUUGGGGGAAUCGACAUUGGACUUGAGGUUGUUGUUUUCGCAUGUGAAAAUGCUUGCCUUGUUGAUGGGUUUGUAGUGGGGGAAUCUAAAUAGCUCAAUUUUGGUUUUGAGACACUUUUUUUUGUGGGAUAUGAUUGGUGGGUUUUGAUGGGCUUUGUUGUAAUUGAAAAAUAUUUAAGAGAGAGAGAGAAUUAUAACUAAGGAAAAUGCUAUAUUUCCUGGUAUCUUUCCUUAAUCUGCGAAAAUUUCUGCUAUUGGAUCGAUUUGUGUUGUGAUCAUGACCAGGGCUGUUCGUGACCGGAUUCUAAAAGAUGCGAAUGGUGAUAUUGGUGAUCAUCUACGCAAUCAUAUCCAUUUGACAAAUUGUAUUCAUUUGAAGAACCAUAUGCAUAAGCAUAGUCCUAUGUUGGCCGAUAAAUCCAUCAUGAGGGACCUAGUUGCCCUUCAGAGGUCGCGAUCUCUCAAGGAUCCUUCUGCAAGUCCGCCCUCUUGGGCCUCUCCUUCUGCUGUUGAUCUUCUUUCUAGAAGACCAGAAAAGGAUGGCAUGAUGCUUAAUGGAAGGCGGUCUGUGGACAUUGAACACCACAGGGAUGGUAGAGGAGGGGUGUCUGGAAGUUCACCGCUCUUAGCUAGUUCACGGAGAGCAGAAGGUGUUACUGGUGAGUCAAGUGCUCGAAUUGAUGGGGCAACUAUACCGAGUGAUCUUAGUAGCAAGAGUGGAGUUCGGGAACGCAGAAGAAAUAGGAGAAUUGAAUUGAGUCAAAGGGAUUUGGGAAUUGACCUGAAGAGUGACCACGACGAGCCUCCACAAGAUGGUAAUGGUUUAACUCAUGAUGUUGUUUUGGGCAAUACUGAAUUGAAGGAUAUGAAAAUGAAACAAAAGGGUGUGCAUAGAGAAGAUGCUCUCCUCAACACCAUCUCUGACCAAUUGAAUGAGGUUCACAUGGAUUGUGAUGAUGUUCUUCAUGGUAAGCUCAGCCAAAAUAGGCAAACUGGCGAGGAAGCAGAAACUAGCGUUCGUGGCUACCGUACUGGACUGAAUAGGGUAAAGAGGAGAAAGUUUCGAGGCACGAGAAGAACUCAAACUGUUAAAACUUCAAGAGAUUAUGGGGCUCAAAAUGAAAUGUCUGUGGCCUCUAAUUCAUUAGCUCAAAGUUCAGCUCACCAAAAGUACAUGGAGGAUGGAGAAGAAGAGUAUGACGAGCAGAAUGUCACAAGGGCUCCAAGAAAUGGGUGUGGCAUUCCUUGGAACUGGUCAAGAAUUCAUCACAGGGGGAAAUCGUUUCUUGACAUUGCUGGAAGGAGUUUGUCUUGUGGUUUGUCUGAAUCAAAAUUGAAGAAAGGUGGUUCAUUUCCUCGGGGAAGAGAUGUUUCUGAUAUGCCUGUGAUGUCUGACCACUCAAGCUCAUCGACUAAAUCUGAUGCAGAAGCAAUGCCUCUACUAGUGGAGGCAUCUGGAUCUCAGGAAAGUGCUGAGAAUGCUGCUUGGGUGCAUGACUAUUCCGGGGAAUUGGGUAUUUUUGCUGAUAAUCUAUUAAAGCGUGAAAUUGAUUCUGACCUUGCUUCAGAAGCUAGAUCCGGUGAUCAGCAGAUUCAACCCAAAUUUAGAAGACAACACACUAGUAGGCACCAGAACCUGACUCAGAAAUACAUGCCAAGAACUUUCAGAGAUCUAGUGGGGCAGAAUUUGGUAGUGCAAGCUCUUUCAAAUGCUGUUGUUAGAAGGAAAGUUGGUUUGUUAUAUGUGUUUUAUGGAGCUCAUGGCACAGGAAAAACCUCUUGUGCACGCAUAUUUGCCAGAGCUUUAAAUUGCCAGUCUCUGGAUCAGCCUAAGCCUUGUGGAUACUGCAAUGCUUGCAUUGCAUAUGACAUGGGUAAGAGCCGAAAUAUAAGGGAAGUAGGUCCAGUAAGUAAUUUUGACUUUGAUAACAUUAUGGAGCUACUUGACAAUAUGAUCAUUUCCCACCUUCCAUCGCAAUACAGAGUCUUUAUUUUUGACGAUUGUGAUACACUGUCUCCUGAUUGCUGGAGUGCUAUAUUAAAGGUCAUUGAUCGAGAACCUAGGCGUGUGGCUUUUGUCCUUGUCAGUUCGAGUCUUGAUGUUUUGCCUCAUGUAAUCAUAUCCAGGUGCCAGAAAUUCUUUUUCCCAAAGUUGAAAGAUGCAGAUAUUGUCUAUGCUUUGCAGUGGAUUGCAACUAAAGAAGAUCUAGAAAUUGAUAAGGAUGCGCUAAAACUCAUUGCAUCCAGGUCAGAGGGAUCGCUGAGGGAUGCUGAGAUGACUCUUGAGCAAUUGAGUUUGCUUGGGCAGACGAUCUCCAUUCCUCUGGUUCAAGAACUGGUUGGACUUAUCUCUGAUGAGAAGUUGGUAGAUCUACUUGAUCUGGCAUUAUCUGCAGACACAGUUAACACAGUGAAGAAUUUGAGAGAGAUCAUGGAAUCUGGUGUUGAGCCAUUAGCUUUAAUGUCACAACUUGCUACUGUAAUAACUGAUAUUCUGGCUGGUAGCUAUGAUUUGACAAAAGAAAGGCCUAGAAGGAAGUUCUUUCGAAGACAAUCUUUAUCGAAAGAAGAUAUGGAAAAACUACGUCAAGCUCUGAAAACAUUAUCUGAAGCAGAAAAACAGCUGAGAAUGUCAAAUGACAGAUUAACAUGGCUAACGGCUGCAAUGCUGCAACUUGCUCCUGAUCAGCAGUAUAUGUUGCCCAGUUCCUCUGCAGACACUAGUUUUAAUCAUAGUCCCUCAGUCCAAAGAAACAGUGGCAGAAGAGAGAGACCCAGGAAGAGUAAUGUUGAGCAUUCUGAGAUGCUUAAUACUGAGAGAGGAUUUCCCUUGCAUGAUACCAAAAUAGAAAACCUUCAAGCUGGAAGUUCUAGUGAUGCUUAUCAUAACGCUAAAAUGAAAGGUAAUACAGAUAGAAGAAAACAUGCUGCAGCUGUGAUGGUUCCUCAACAGACAUUCACACUCUCUGCUGAUAUGAAUAGAACAAAUAGCAGGCUGCUCUCAGCUAGAGUCAAUAAGGAAAUUGAAGACAUUUGGUUGGAGGUGCUUGAAAAGAUUCAAAUAAAAGGCAUAAAAGAUUUUCUGUACCAAGAAGGAAAGCUGAUUUUAGUCAGAUUUGGUGCAGCCCCAAUUGUUCAGUUGAUGUUUAGUUCACACCUGACAAAAUCCAAGGCGGAGAAGUAUAAGGCACACAUAUUACUAGCAUUUGAGUCUGUUCUUGGGUCCCCUGUGACAAUUGAAAUUAGAUGUGAAUUUAGGAAAGAUGCAAGGGCUGGGGUUAAUACGCCACUCGUCUUACCUGGUUCUCAGGAUGGUUCAUCUCUGAUGCGUACAAAUGCAGAGCUUACCAGUGGUAACAGGAUGACUAUGCUCGGAUAUGGUGAUACCAGCAAAAGGGUUCCUAAAGAAAGAGCUGGUGUAAGUCAAGCCCCUGACUCUCUUGGACAGGGAAGGAGUGAAAUUGUUGAAAUAAAUUCUCCAGGAGGGCAGAAAAAUAAUGAGCAUAAAGAUAACAACUUACAAUAUGAUAUGAAAGAUUUGGAAAAUCCUUGGAUAGGAGAAGUGGAAGCUCCACAUAAGAAAUCUGCCCUGACUUUACCAGAACGAAGAAAGUUAGGCGAACAGAAUCAGAGCCAGAGCCUUGUGAGAGGCAAGGUGUCCCUUGCACAUGUAAUUCAGCAGGCUGAAGGAAGCACACAGCGAAAUGGAUGGACGAAACGCAAAGCCGUUUCUAUUGCUGAAAAGCUUGAACAAGAGAAUCUGAAACUAGAACCUAAAUCAAGAAGCUUGCUUUGCUGGAAGGCAUCUAAAGUGACUCGUCGGAAGCUUUCACGUUUGAAGAUUAGGACGAGGAAACCACAAACUUUGCUGAGGUUUGUCUCCUGUGGAAAAUGUCUCUCUUCUAAGUCGCCUAAGUAAUGCAAGGUAUCAUGUUGGAUGGCGGGGAAGGUUUUGGUGCAGAGCUCAUUUAGAUUACUUUUAUUUAUUCAUUUUCCUGCUAUUUAUAAGGUCAAUCAUGAUUCGAUUAAUAAAGAAUAUUUAGAAUUAGAACAAAAAGAAGUAGUGCAGUUUUUUUUUUUUUUUAAUAUAUUAUUAAUGAAUUUCGAGGAGUUUUCUUUGCAA